AUAAAUACGGUCGUCCAUGUAGUUUGCGCUUGUUUUUCCCUGCGUAAUAGAGUAGUGGGAUCUAACAGAACAUUGUUCAAACUUGUCGAGUGUGGGACGUACAACUUGCCUCCUUUAAAAAAAACUUUCUGAAUGUCUUUCGCCUUCUUGAUUCAGUUUAUCCAUUUGGUGCUUUAGUGGGUAUAAGCACAAACUCAUUAGACUAUGCCGGACUAUAUUUGCCUCUUAGUGUAAAAACAACCUGCCAAAGUGAACCACUCGGAUUAAAAAGAAGAUCAGGAGAAAAAAGGAGGGAGACGUUUUCGCGUGUCGACACUUUUAAGCUUGCUGACACACUUCUAGUUAUGUCUGUUGAAGAUAGUACAACUCCGGACAGGUAACCAGGUGUCACUGUUGCUAUGGCAACACAGAUGCUGCCAUUAUUGCCUGCCCUCCUCACUGUCCUCCUUGCUUCCUGGACAACGGCCCAGGAUUUGGAUUGGCAUUUUGACUCGGCCAGGUGUCGCUACGCUCUAGGGAUGGAGGAUGGCACCAUACCGGACUCUGACAUCACCGCGUCCAGUGCCUGGUCCGACUCCACUGAAGCCAAACACGGCAGGCUAAGCACUGGAGAUGGGGACGGGGCGUGGUGUCCAGCUGGUCCGGUGUUCCCCAGUGGUUCUGAGUACCUGCAGGUAGACCUGCACACACUUUACUUUCUGUCUCUGGUGGGCACGCAGGGGCGGCAUGCAGACGGGCUCGGGCGGGAGUUUGCACGCAGUUAUCGGCUCCUUUACUCCCGUGAUGGGCGACACUGGAUAACAUGGAAGGACCGCUGGGGGCAAGAGGUGGUGACAGGGAACAAGAACACAUAUGAUAUAGUCCUGAAGGACCUGGGACCUCCCAUUAUAGCACGCAUGGUACGGUUCUACCCGCUGGCGGACCGCGUGAUGAGUGUGUGCCUGAGAGUUGAACUGUACGGUUGUGUCUGGAAAGAUGGACUGAAGGCGUACACCGCUCCUGUGGGUCAUGUGAUGAACUUGUCAGGCUCACCUGUCUAUCUUAAUGACUCUGUCUAUGAUGGCAGUACAGAGGCAGGGGUGAUGUUUGGAGGCUUAGGCCAGUUGUGUGAUGGUGUUUUAGGUGGGAAUGAUUUUGUGGAGAGUAAAGAGUUAAGAGUGUGGCCAGGAUAUGAUUAUGUGGGAUGGAGUCGCGAAGCGUUGGGUCAGCCCACUGUCAACAUUGAGUUCCACUUUGAGAAAACGCGGGUUUUUCACACCAUGCAGGUGCACAGUAAUAACAGGCACAGUCAGGGUGUGCGGGUGUUCAGUGAGGUAGUGUGUGAGUUUAAGGCCAGUCUGUUGAGUCCGUGGGCGGAGCCAGUGCUCAGCCUUAAGGUGCCAUUGGAUGACCUGCAUGACCCUUCGUCCCGCACCAUCUCACUGCCUCUUGGAGGACGACUGGCGCAAAUCCUACGCUGCCGCUUCGCCUUCACCGACCGUUGGCUCCUCAUAAGCGAGAUAAGCUUCUACUCUGUGCCAUUUGACGAUAGAUCUCUCCCUCCGACUCCCCCUUCCUCAAGCACUCGUCCUCUCAAUGUCACCCCUCCAAACACUCCCAACUAUGUAAAUGGAACCAGCAGCCCCACCGACCUCUUCAUGAGCACAGCCCCACAGCUGCCCAGCAGCAUGCCAACAGGGGCGGAGUUCCUUGCCAUCACUCUGAGGGCGGGAUUACCUGUGGCCAAAGAUGACAGCAGCAACACAGCCAUCCUGAUUGGUUGUCUGGUUGGAAUUAUCCUGCUCCUAUUGGCCAUUAUAGCUGUCAUACUGUGGAGGCAGUACUGGAAGAAGCUACUUGGCAAGGCCCAGGGCAGUCUCUCCAGUGACGAGCUACGAGUUCAUCUUUCAGUUCCAUUGGAUAACGUUGUGAUCAACAAUACUAACACACACACGUACUCCAGCCGCUAUCAGCGCAUACACACUUUCCCAGACGACAGAGACAGAGAGGGAGAGUACCAGGAGCCCAGCACUGUACUGCGGCCCCGAGAGCAGUGUGACAGCACAGCACUGUUGUUAAACAACCCAGCAUAUCAUCUCCUCCUGUCUGACCUGACACAUGGCCCCAACAGGCUGACAAUCUGCCACAGCCAGCAAGAAAAGCCCCAAAACCUGCCCCAGGCUUGUGCUACUGAUAUAGUUGAGAAAGGCCUGCCCAUUCAGGAAGGACCGCCUCCUUACCCUGGAGCCCCACCCCCUGGCCUAUCAGGCAUAAAUUAUGGAGAAGCAUCAGGAGGCGGGGGGAGUGUUCCUCAUUAUGCAGAAGCUGAAAUCAUUAGCAGUCUGCAAGGCGUUAGUGGUAAUAAUACAUAUGCAGUCCCUGCCCUUUCGACCACACCCACAGACUGCCCACCACUGCCCGAGUUGCCACGGGAACGACUUAUAUUCAAAGAAAAGCUGGGAGAAGGCCAAUUUGGAGAGGUUCAUUUGUGUGAGAUUGAAAACCUGCAGGACUUUCCGAACCUGGAGUUCCCAUUUAAUGUGAGGAAAGGACGCCCUCUGCUGGUAGCUGUGAAGAUUCUGCGGCCAGAUGCUUCUAAAAAUGCCAGGAAUGAUUUUCUGAAGGAGGUGAAGAUCUUAUCUCGCCUGAAGGACACAAACAUCAUCCGACUGCUGGGUGUGUGUGUGAGCAGUGAUCCGUUGUGUAUGGUCACAGAGUACAUGGAGAGUGGAGACCUGAAUCAGUACCUCUCCCAGAGAGUGUUACUGGACAAGACUGGACCUCUACAUAAUACACCAACCAUCAGCUACCCAGCUUUGAUCUCCAUGGUGAGUCAGAUCGCAUCAGGUAUGAAGUUCUUGUCAUCUCUGAACUUUGUGCAUCGAGACCUGGCCACACGAAACUGCCUGGUGGGUGGAGAUAGAGGAGAGGGGGAGGACAGAGGUGGAGAGCGUCAUAUAAAGAUUGCUGACUUUGGCAUGAGCAGGAACCUCUAUGCUGGCGAUUACUACAGGAUCCAGGGCAGAGCUGUGCUGCCUAUUCGCUGGAUGGCAUGGGAGUGCAUACUCAUGGGGAAGUUCACUACAGCAAGUGAUGUAUGGGCAUUUGGUGUGACGUUGUGGGAGAUGUUGAGUGUGUGUCAGGAGCAGCCGUACAGUCACAUGACCGAUGAACAGGUCAUUGACAACGCAGGGGAGUUCUUCAGAGACCAGGGCAGACAGGUGUACCUGGCUCGCCCGGCAGUGUGCCCACAGGGUUUGUAUGAGCUGAUGCUUAGCUGCUGGAACAGAGACUGUAAACUACGGCCUUCAUUUGCGUACAUUCACUCCUUCCUCACUGAAGAUGCCAUGAACAUGGUUUAAAGAGAGAGACAGACUAAGAGAUGAAAAGGACUGCUCUUUUAUUCUGCUCAUUUUUUAACAGGAGAGAAGAGGGAUGUAAGAAAGUGUGUGUGUGGACCACAGACUGGUGGUGUGUUUUUAAGCAGACACGACGGCUAAGCACUCUUAUGUAAAUUAGUGUAUUUUAUGAUUGGUGGGUCAGGGCCCACUGCAGGUUCAGUGCCCCUAAAUGACCUGCUUCUCACCCCCAUCCUAAAAUGCAAAACUCAGUAAGCAACAUUUCAGCCCAAAAUCAGUUUUUAAGCUUGCUGUUCCCCUGUUGAUGCAUAUCACAUCAUCAUUCCACAGUAUUUGGUUACACAGAGCUCAAAUCUCACCGAAUGCGUCAUGGACAUUAAGUCUGCCUUUCCUAAAAAUUACAUGGGACAUUUCUUUGACUCACAAUUUCAAUGAAUUGCUAGUUCACCCCAAAUUAAAAUUCUGUCUGUAGUUACUCACCCUCAUGUCAUUCUAAACCUGUACUUGUAUUUUGAAAAAUCUUAUAGGUGUAGUUCACCCAAAAAUGCCAUCCCAGAUGUGUAUGACUUUUGUUUCUUCUGAUGAACACAAAGAAAAUUUUUUAGAAAAAUAUCUCAGCUCUGUAGGUCUAUUCAUUGCAAGUGAAUGGUGGCCA